AUUUAUACUUUCAAAUGGAGGAAAAUAACCCACUUAUUUUAGACGUUGAUAAAGAAGUCAUGGAUGAUUGAUUCUACAAAGAGUCUGAGAAGAUCAUGCCUAAUGAAAGAAUCAACCAGACGCUCAAUGAUAAAGUCUGAGAUAGUAAUUUAAGCGGUAUGAAUUGACAGAGAGAGGAGAAUGAUAAUCUUAAUAAAACCGAUAUUGGCUACUCAGUAGACCAAACCGGGGAUGCUGUCUUUAGUAAAAAGAAACCACCCUUGCUGCAAUCAGCUCCUCACAGUAUUCUUGUACACCAUGGUGGUAAAACAGAAAGGAGGGAUAGGUUAGGAACUCUUAUCCGUCAUGAUGAGGAAUGAUUUGAAAGCCAAUUUACUGGAACCCCUCCUCCUCAUCGCAAGAGGAAGUCCUACAAAGUGACAUUUAAAGACAAACAGACUGGAGAUUCUUUAACAAAGAUAAAGGAAGUUGAAUCAUUUAAAAAGUAUAAUUCCGUAGAACCAGAAGCAAAGUUGUGAUGAAUUAUUUUCUAAAAAUAUUUCUGGAAUCUUAUUAAAGAGCUUUUGAUAAAGCAGUAAUAACUCAAUUUACCUUAGCCUCGGCUAGAAUAAUAAUCUUUUAUGUCA